UUCUACGGUUAAGCGAUGAAUAACUUCUUGAUUUGCGAUUUUGGAUUGGCUCGCAUUGCAGAUCCCGAACACGACCAUACUGGAUUUCUAACAGAAUACGUUGCUACUCGGUGGUAUAGGGCACCAGAAAUUAUGCUGAACUCGAAGGGAUACACCAAAUCAAUCGAUAUCUGGUCCGUUGGAUGCAUUUUAGCUGAAAUGUUAAGUAAUAGACCUAUAUUCCCUGGAAAACAUUAUCUGGACCAACUGAACCAUAUUCUGGGUGUACUGGGUUCACCUUCCCGUGAUGAUUUGGAAUGCAUUAUAAAUGAAAAAGCUCGAAACUAUUUGGAAUCAUUGCCUUUUAAACCAAAUGUUCCCUGGUCGAGACUUUUUCCAAAUGCUGAUACGUUAGCAUUAGACCUUCUCGGAAAAAUGUUGACCUUUAACCCGCACAAACGAAUUCCUGUCGAAGAAGCCCUUGCACAUCCGUAUUUGGAGCAGUAUUAUGAUCCUGGAGAUGAGGUAUGAAAUAUAACCUAUAAACCAUCAAAGUAAAUGCAUUUAAAAAAACAUUCUUAAAUAAUUUUUUGUACCUAUACAAACCAAAA